AUUUAAGCAUCUUUCGACAUGGAGAGUUCACACUUCACAUGAAGCAACCCACAAACACCAUCAAAUGGAUCAAGGUUCAUCAAACAAAGGACUGCCUCAUGAAUCUUUGUACCUCGUAUUACCUUAUCUUCCACUUUUUGUGCUUCUUGCCAUGGCUCAAACAUGCAAAUCCUUCAAUGAUGCUUUGAACAAUGAUAUCUUGCCAUGGUUGAACAUAGUAGUGGAUGAUAAGCUUCGAGGAUCGCGGGUUACCGACGAAAUUUUGAUGAAGAUCACCUCCAAGGCAAUGGGUAGGCUUAGAAGUUUGAUUCUUGUUAACUGUAGCAAGAUUACAGAUGAUGGCCUCCAAAAUGUUGUUGUUAACAAUCCUGGUAUUAACAAGCUACAUGUACCUCAAUGCACGGGCUUAACCCCAGAAGGGAUUAUCAAAGCAGUGGCAACAGUAAAUCAACACAACGUCACCUUAAAGACCCUAAAGAUAAAUGGUAUCUCCAAAAUCACAAAAGAACACCUUCAAACACUUCGUUCUUUGCUAAACGCAGACGAUUGUUCUUCCAUCGAUGUGGGAAGAACUAGUGGUUGUCAAGGGUGUAAACAUUGCGUUUCAAGGUGUGAAGAGUGUGGAAAAUGUGUGGGACUUGAUGAAGAAGACAAUGAAGUAGCUUGUGAAGAUAUGUUAUGUGAAGAUUGUUGGAUUAAGUUGCCAAAAUGUGAUUAUUGUACCAAGCCUUAUUGUAACAAGCAUGCUUAUAAGUAUUGUGCUAUACCAGGGUCCUCCAAUUUUGUAUGUGAGGCUUGUUAUUAUAUCACUAUGCUUUAUAUGUGCUAGCUAUACAUUUUAUACAUUAAAAUAUGUGAAAUUAAAAUCAAA